AAGUAUUGCUCUCGGUUUAGCCAGAUUAGAUCCAGAUCUUGGGCAGGCGCGAUGAUUAUCGAAAACAAACCCGAAGUACGUCAUUAGCUAUCCAUUGCGCCUGUGCAAUUCUUCUACCAACAACUGCAACCGACCAGUCAUAACAAUCGUCCAAAGAAAUCAUUUUGACCAAAGCCUAACUGGUCAUUAAAGCCAGCCUGUGCGUGGAAUCUUGGUUUUCUCGAUAACUUAACAAAAAGCUAAAUAGUCUGGAGACUAUUUGUCUGGAGGUUUUGGAAAUGAUACAUUCAUGGAGGAUAGCACGGUUAUCAAUAUCCACCCUGUCGAAGAUUCGGUGAAAAUGGGUGAUUAUGCACCGAAGAGGUUUUUUUCCCCCAAAAUAUAGGGAAUGGUUCAACUGGCCGAAAAGGACGAACAGUAUCGCAGUUCCCGAAACGUGAAGUGACACAUUAAUGCCUAAAUCGAAUACUAGCUAGCCAGCUACGCCACUGUCCACAGAUCGUUGAUCACUACUGCCAACCAUCUUCCGAUUCGGAUCGAUCGGCUAUGGCUAGUAACAUCACCAGCUCGGCUGCAAACUAGCAUGCUAAAUUAGCAAGGCUAAAGUUCGUUUGUUGCCAUCAACGUCAGUCAGCUCAGAACUUGGAAUAAUUUCAAUUUUACAACGCAACGCAAGCUUGCUAGUUAGCGUUUGAAGUAUAUUUGGUUUCGUGAAUUUGGGCUUUUUUAAAACUCGGUGCCCGAAAGAGCAAGCCUGCUAGUAUAGCUCCUUGCUUCGGCAGCUGCAGACGGCAAGCUAGCAGCGAUCAACAUCUGUACACUUCCGAUGCGAUGGUCGCAUUGUUAACUGUUUUGGUAGAGGAAUGCUCAUUGGGUGGAUAUUCUGAGGCAGCGGGCCGCACAGAAUAUUGCACCUCUCAGUUCCAACCACGGGCCAUGCUACAUAUUGUAUUGAUGUGAAGAGUGGCCGUGAACACACAUCGCUCGCUGGCUGCAAGAUAGCGCACGACGACGAACAGCUGAAGCUAUGCAAGCGGCCCAGGUUCAGUACGACUUUUUCAGCGAGGAGAACGCACCGAAAUGGCGGGGGCUGUUGGUACCCUCCCUGAACAAGAUGCACAAUCGAGAGCACCCUUUAUCACAGCCUGGUACGGCAACUGCACCACCCGCAACCACAGGGCUCUCCAGGGGGGAGUGUGGUCUGCACAACGUAUCACCGGGGGCAAACUACCUGCCCUCCAUGAUACCUACAGCACCUGAUGUCACAGGAAGGCCAAAAAGAUCAUCAAGGACAACAACCACCCGAGCCACUGCCUGUUCACACUGCUACCAUCCUGAAGGCGAGGUGCUGAGCCAGGUGCAUCCCAAGCUGUCGUCCCAGGAGGAUGCGCUGCAGUACAUCGAGGAGCUGAUCUUGCUGCUGCUCAGCAUGCUCUGCCAGGCACAGCCACGCAGCGUGCAGGACGUGGAGGAGCGAGUGCAGAAGAGUUUCCCUCACCCUAUCGAUAAAUGGGCUAUCGCUGAUGCCCAGGCGGCCAUUGAAAAGAGGAAGAGGAGGAAUCCUUUGGCCUUGCCCGUGGAUAAGAUCCACCCGCUGCUCAAGGAGGUACUAGGGUACAAGAUUGAUCACCAGGUGUCGGUGUACAUUGUGGCAGUGUUGGAGUACAUCUCAGCAGACAUCCUGAAGCUGGCAGGGAACUACGUGAGGAACAUCCGCCACUACGAGAUCUCCCAGCAGGACAUCACUGUGGCCAUGUGUGCCGAUAAGGUUCUGAUGGACAUGUUCCACCAGGAUGAGGAGGACUUCAGCGGUUUCCCCCUGAUGGACGAGGAGCCGUCCACCAGCGAGGAGCAGACCUACUACGACCUGGUCAAGACCUUCAUGGCUGAGGUCCGACAGUACCUGCGCGACCUCAACCUCAUCAUCAAGGUGUUCCGCGAGCCCUUGGCCUCCGACGCCAUACUCUUCUCCCACCAUGACGUGGAGAACAUCUUCAGCCGCAUCGUGGACAUCCACGAGGUCACCCUUAAGCUGCUGGGCCUUAUUGAAGACACGGUGGAGAUGACAGAUGAGGGGAGCCCACACCCGCUGGUGGGCAGCUGCUUUGAAGACCUGGCUGAGGAGCUGGCCUUCGACCCCUACGAGACAUAUGCUCAAGACAUCCUGCGGACUGGCUUCCACGAUCACUUCCUCAACCAGUUGUCUAAACCGGGAGCUGCCUUCUACCUCCAGUCUAUAUGUGAAGGCUUUAAGGAAGCAGUCCAGUACGUCCUGCCCCGGUUGCUCCUGACACCGGUCUAUCAUUGUCUCCACUAUUUCGAGAUCUUAAAGCAACUAGAGGAGAAAAGUGAGGACGAGGAGGACAAGGAGUGUCUGAAACAGGCCAUCACGGCGCUGCUCAAUCUGCAGAGUAGCAUGGAGAGGAUCUGCUCCAAGAACAUGGCCAAGAGGAGGCUGAGCGAGUCAGCCUGCCGCUUCUACAGCCAGCAGAUGAAAGGCAAGCACCUGGCCAUCAAGAAGAUGAACGAGAUCCAGAAGAACAUUGAUGGCUGGGAGGGCAAGGACAUUGGCCAGUGCUGCAACGAAUUCAUCAUGGAGGGGACGCUGACACGCGUGGGCGCCAAGCACGAACGGCACAUCUUCCUCUUCGACGGCCUGAUGAUCUGCUGCAAGUCCAACCACGGCCAGCCGCGCUUGCCUGGCGCCUCGUCCACCGCCGAAUACCGCCUCAAGGAGAAGUUCUUAAUGCGCAAGGUUCAGAUCAAUGACAAGGACGACAAGGAGGGCGAGUACCGGCACGCCUUUGAGAUCAUCCUCAAAGAUGGCAACAGCAUGGUGUUCGCCGCCAAGUCGGCCGAGGACAAGAAUGGCUGGAUGGCGGCGCUCAUCUCACUGCAGUACCGCUCGACGCUGGAGCGCAUGCUGGACUCGGCCAUGCUACAGGAGGAGAAGGAGGAGCAAAUGAGGCUGCCCGGGGCGGAGCUUUACCGGUUCGCCACGCCCGACUCUGAGGAGAACGUGGUGUUCGAGGAGAACGUGCAGUCCAAGUCGGGCAUCCCCAUCAUCAAGGCGGGUACAGUGCUCAAGCUCAUCGAAAGGCUCACCUUCCACAUGUAUGCAGAUCCAAAUUUCGUCCGAACAUUUCUAACAACCUACAGGUCCUUCUGUAAACCUCAGGAGCUGCUGGGUCUUCUUAUGGAGAGGUUUGAAAUUCCCGAGCCAAAGCCUACAGAGGCGGACCAGAUGGCCAUAGAGAACGGAGACCAACCUCUCAGCGCCGAACUCAAACGAUUUCGCAAGGAGUUUGUCCAGCCAGUCCAACUCAGGGUAUUGAAUGUAUGUCGCCACUGGGUGGAGCACCACUUCUAUGACUUUGAGCGGGACUGUCAGUUACUCAAGUGUCUGGAGGAGUUCAUUGCAUUGGUGCGAGGCAAGGCCAUGAAGAAGUGGGUGGAGUCCAUUACCAAGAUCAUUCAGAGGAAGAAGCAAGCACAGGCCAAUGGGCCCAGCCACAACAUUACCUUCGAGAGCUCGCCACCUCCCAUCGAGUGGCACCUCAGCAAGUCGGGCCAGACAGACCAGUUUGACCUCAUGACCCUCCACCCCAUUGAGAUCGCCCGGCAGCUCACACUGCUCGAGUCCGACUUCUACAGGGCGGUGCAGCCGUCAGAGCUGGUGGGCAGCGUGUGGACGAAGGAGGACAAGGAGCUGAACUCGCCCAACCUUCUGCGCAUGAUCCGCCACACCACCAACCUCACGUUGUGGUUCGAAAAGUGUAUCGUAGAGACGGAGAACCUGGAAGAGCGGGCAGCGGUGGUGGCGCGUAUCAUCGAGAUCCUGCAGGUGUUCCAGGAGCUCAACAACUUCAACGGCGUGCUUGAGGUGGUCAGCGCCAUGAACUCCUCGCCCGUCUACCGGCUAGACCACACCUUCGAGCAAAUUCCAAGCCGACAGAGGAAGGUUCUGGAGGAGGCCCAUGAACUGAGCGAGGACCACUACAAGAAGUACCUGGCAAAACUGCGCUCCAUCAACCCCCCCUGUGUCCCCUUCUUUGGGAUCUACUUGACGAACAUCCUGAAGACGGAGGAAGGCAACCCUGACUUCCUGAAGAGGCAUGGCAAGGAGCUGAUCAACUUCAGCAAGCGACGGAAAGUGGCAGAGAUCACCGGGGAGAUCCAGCAGUACCAGAACCAGCCCUACUGCUUACGGGUGGAGAGCGAUAUCCGGAAGUUCUUUGAAAACCUCAAUCCAAUGGAGGACAAGGCAGAGAAGGAGUUUGCUGACUAUCUGUUCAACAAGUCGCUGGAGAUUGAGCCUCGGAAUGCCCGGUCGUUGCCUCGAUUUGUGGGGCGGCGUCCGAGUGCCCUCUAUGGACGCAACGCCCCUGCUAUUAAGCCCAAGAAGUACAACUGCCCGCUCAAGUCCCCCGGCGUGCGCCCGUCCUCGGUGCGCCCGGGCACCAUGCGACAUCCGACGCCACUGCAGAAUGAGCCGCGCAAGAUCAGCUACAGCCGCAUCCCUGAUAGCGAGAUGGAGAGUGCCGCCUCUGCGCCCAACUCGCCGCGCACGCCCCUCACGCCGCCGCCGGCCUCGGCUGCCUCCAGCUCCACAGAUAUCGGCAGCGUGUUCGACUCGCCCCAGGGCCCCUCCAGCCCCUUCCACUCCAACUGCGACAGCAUCUUUGCCCAGGUCUCCUUACCACACGGCCCACGGUCCUCCUCGGUUUCCUCCAUGGUGAGUUUCCACAGGAACACUGAAGACACCACCGUCCCCCCGCCUGUGCCCCCUCGCAGACGCCCCGAAUCCGCCCCCGCUGAAUCUUCCCCUUCGAAGAUGAUGUCAAAGCACUUGGACAGCCCCCCCGCCAUCCCCCCACGGCAGCCCACCACCACCAAGGUCUACUCGCCUCGCUACUCGCUCUCAACCGAGCGCACCUCCGUGUCGGAGCCACCUGACAGCCCACCCACCCUGCCGCCGCGGGAGCCCGUGAGAACGCCGGACGUCUUCUCCAGCUCAAACAGCCCCCUGCACCUGCAGCCACCCCCGCUGGGCCGCAUCCGCAGCAGCGAACCCACGCUAAGCCAGACCUUCUUCCCACCCUCGCCGUUCAGCCCGCUCACCCCGCCGCCACCCCCAACUCCCUCGCCCUCGCUGGGGCCCAGCGGCCCAGACUGCUGCAGCGACUCAGCCCUCCUCCCUCUGGGGGGUGCAGCUGGCCCCCCUGUGCCCCCUCGCCAGAGCACCAGCAGUGCCGCUGCCCAAGCUAUCCCCAAGCUCCCUCCCAAAACAUACAAAAGGGAGUCGGUGUCACACCCGUCCCUAGUGCAUCGAGACGGCCCACCCCUACUGGAGAAUGCCAACCCCUCUUAAAAAUACUUGUAUAUGUGAUAUGGGGGAAAUCAUUAAACACUAAAGACUUUAGACUUGAACAAAAACAAAAUUGAAUUGUGAUGUCGACUUUAAGAGAAAAAAGGCAAUGUCAGUGUAGGUUCUUAGCUACCUGGAAAAAUAAUCAUGUGCCCUUGUAUAAAAAAAAAAACUUAAACAAAUGAUGAUUGUCCUUUUUUCAUUUGUGCAGACCAUUGGAGACUCCCUAUAAAAACCCUUUUGGGGGGGUAUCUUACUGUUUGCUUGUUUUGUUGUGUGUUUGUGUGUACAGUAUGUUUGUCAUCGUCCAAUGUUUAUUUCAUUUGGUUUAUUUUUUUUUUUAAAGUGAAUCGAUUGCAGCAUUACUUGUCAAUGAGCUCGGUGGCCUACACAUGCACAUACAGCUUGAACCAUAAUAAACCUUGAACCAGGACCACACAAGUCCACCGCACGCUGGAGGAUGGAAAGAUAAAGACUGUAGACCAGUUUGAACAGACUCCAGGAGAAAUCCACAAACUUAAUAGUGUUUUAACUCACUGUGUAUGGGCUAAAUAAUCUACUAAAAUUGCCCAUGUUGACCAGAGACAGACCAGAGAGAACUCGAGCUAUCACAGUGUUGUAAAACCCAUUUCAACUCCCCAAUAACAAAUGUCUGCCGUUCAAUCCACCUCACUCAGAUUGAAAAAGGGACUUGGGAAAUCAUGUUGUUAAAUGGUGUUUAAGGCUUUGUGUAGAGACUGAGUCCGAGGCAAACGUUUAUUUUUUGGGGGCCAGUAGAUCGACCAGAGUACCAUGAUUUAAGGCAGGGUUGCCCAAACUUGGUCCUGGGUGCACGUUUUGGUUUUUGCCCUAGCACUACACAGCUGAUUCAAAUAAGCAAAGCUUGAUGAGUUGGGUAAUUGAAUCAGAUGUGCAGUGCGAGGGCAAGAAACUAAAUGUGGGGGGCCCGGGACCGAGUUUGAGAAACCCUGAUUUUAAGGUACCCAUCCACACCAAAGAGGUACUUUUCAAGCAUUCAAGAAACACAAGAAGUGAUUGUUCUUAAGUUUGUGUUAGUACUUUUAUGUUCUGAUUUAUUUCUGCCAAUGAGUAUGUAAAGAAAAUUAUGAUUGACGUCUUUAAACAAGGGAAUAAAAGUGUUUCUACCA